ACUCAAAAACAUAUCUUAAAGAAGAAUAGUUGAAUCUAAAGAUUAUACACAAUCGGGGUUUUGUUUACUACAACACAGAUAACCAGACACACAAUUACAAAUUCAUCACUUCCAACGCAUCCUCAUUUCUCUCUCUUUCUCUCUCCUCCUUCCACCGGUUGCCGGUGACAUCACCUUCAUUCCUCAGGUGAUCUCUUCUUUUUAAUUAGGCUUUACUGGUUAAGGUGAUUGAGCCAAUCAAUUAGAUACAAUAAUGAACGAUCGUAAAAUUAUUGAACUAGAGCAAGGAUGGGAGUUCAUGGAGAAGGGGAUUACAAAGCUAAAAAGGAUUCUGGAAGGGUUAACGGAGCCACCUUUUAAUUCUGAAGACUACAUGAUGCUGUACACGACAAUAUAUAACAUGUGUACUCAGAAACCCCCGCAUGAUUAUUCUCAACAGCUCUAUGACAAUUACAAACAGGCAUUCAUGGAUUACAUAAACUCAACAGUUUUACCUUCUCUAGGGGAGAAACAUGAUGAGUUUAUGCUGAGAGAGCUUGUGAAGAGAUGGUCAAAUCAUAAAGUAAUGGUCAGGUGGUUGUCUCGUUUCUUCCAUUAUCUGGAUCGGUACUUCAUUGCUCGGAGGUCACUUCCAUCUUUGCAUGAAGUUGGAUUGACUUGCUUCCGUGAUCUGGUUUAUCAAGAAGUAUCUGGCAAAGCCAAGGAUGCUGUCAUAGCUCUGAUUGACGUAGAAAGGGAGGGUGGACAAAUUGAUAGAGCAUUACUGAAGAAUGUUCUUGAUAUAUAUGUUGAAAUUGGAAUGGGACAAAUGGAUUACUAUGAAAAGGACUUUGAAGCUCAUAUGCUAGAUGAUACUGCUGCUUACUACUCACGCAAGGCCUCAAGCUGGAUUCUGGAGGACUCAUGUCCAGAAUAUAUGUUGAAGUCGGAGGAAUGUUUGAAGAAAGAGAAAGAUAGAGUGGCUCAUUAUCUACAUUUUAGCAGUGAGCCAAAGCUUCUGGAGAAAGUACAAAAUGAGUUGCUAUUGGUUUAUGAAAAUCAAUUGCUUGAGAAGGAGAAUUCUGGAUGUCGUGCAUUGUUGAAAGAUGACAAGGUGGAAGAUCUUUCUAGAAUGUACAGGCUAUACAGUAAGGUCACUAAAGGGCUGGAACCCAUUGGCAGUAUCUUCAAACAGCACAUAACCGAUGAAGGAACAACCUUAGUGCAGCAGGCUGAAGAUGCUGCAAUUAGCAAGGCUGAAAAUGCUGGUGGUUCACAUGAGCAGGUGUUUGUCCGGAAAGUGAUCGAGUUGCAUGACAAAUUUAUGACUUAUGUCACCGAAUGCUUCAACAGCCAUACCAUCUUUCACAAGGCACUCAAAGAAGCGUUUGAGGUAUUCUUAAACAAGGGUGUUGCUGGUAGUUCAAGUGCUGAACUGCUAGCUUCUUUUUGCGAUAAUAUUCUGAAGAAAGGUGGUAGUGAGAAAUUGAGUGACGAGGCUAUUGAGGAUUCACUUGAGAAGGUGGUGAAGCUUCUUGCAUAUGUCAGUGAUAAAGACCUGUUUGCUGAAUUUUAUAGGAAGAAGCUCUCUCGGCGUCUGCUAUUUGACAAGAGUGCUAAUGAUGAUCAUGAAAGAAGCAUUCUAACUAAAUUGAAGCAGCAGUGCGGAGGACAGUUCACAUCAAAGAUGGAGGGGAUGGUGACAGACUUGACAUUGGCGAGGGAGAAUCAGACGAAUUUUGAGGAAUAUCUUGGACAAAAUCCAGAUGCCAGUCCAGGUCUUGAUUUGACUGUGACAGUUUUGACAACUGGGUUCUGGCCUAGUUAUAAAUCUUCUGAUCUUAACCUUCCUGCUGAGAUGGUGAGAUGUGUUGAAGUUUUCAAGCAAUUCUAUCAAACUAAGACAAAACACCGGAAGCUGACCUGGGUUUAUUCGUUGGGAAGUUGUAACAUUAAUGGAAAGUUUGGUCCAAAAACAAUGGAGUUGGUUGUUGGAACUUAUCAGGCUGCUGCUUUGAUGCUCUUUAACACCUCAGAUCGACUGAGCUAUUCAGAAAUAGCAACUCAACUAAAUUUAGCUGAUGAAGACUUGGUUAGAGUGCUUCAAUCUCUAUCUUGCGCUAAGUAUAAGAUUCUUUUAAAGGAGCCAGCCUCAAGAACUGUGUCCCCAAACGAUUAUUUUUCAUUCAACUCUAAUUUUACGGACAAAAUGAGGAGGAUAAGGAUUCCUCUUCCUCCAAUGGAUGAAAGGAAAAAGGUUGUUGAAGAUGUUGACAAAGAUAGAAGAUAUGCUAUUGAUGCCUCAAUUGUACGCAUAAUGAAAAGUAGGAAGGUUUUGGGAUACCAGCAAUUAAUCACGGAAUGCGUGGAGCAGCUAAGCCGCAUGUUUAAGCCCGAUUUCAAGGCAAUUAAGAAAAGGAUUGAGGAUCUGAUCACCAGAGAUUAUAUUGAAAGAGACAAGGAGAACCCUCAGCUGUUCAGAUACUUGGCUUGAUCAUAAUCUUGUGUCCUUGUGAGCUUCACCUUUCGAGGUGUUAUAUGUAUCAAACCCUGAAUGAUAAUGCGAAGAGUAGGUGUUGUUGUACAGUAAUUUGGUUUUCCAUGAGUCAAUCAAAAUUGUUAGGGAAAGUUAUUUUUUUGGUCUCAUGCAAUCCAAUAAAUUAUAUAUUAGACAUGUUUGUUGAUUUAAAAAUAUGUUCAGUAAAACUUUCAACUUAAUGAGGUGAAGUUGCUAUUAUGUGCACCUCUUAUCUCCAGGUUUUAAAUAUACAAUUAUAGGAGAUGUUUAUUCACUUU